AUGUUGAAGGCUCUGACACAGGUCCCCAGGGUGCUCCUAUCCUUGGCCACCAGGAGGAGAGCCAGCAGUGCAGCCACCAGGGGCCGGACACUGGCCGAUCAAGUCGCUGUGAUCACAGGGUCCACAAAAGGGAUCGGCUUCUCCAUCGCCCAGCGUCUGGCCCAGGAUGGUGCCCACGUGGUGAUCAGCAGCCGGAACCAGCAGAACGUGGACCGGGCUGUAGCUGAGUUGCGGAAGGAAGGGCUGAGCGUGACGGGCACUGUGUGCCACGUGGGCAAGGCUGAGGACCAGCACAAGCUGGUGACCACGGCCCUGGAACACUGUGGGGCUGUUGACUUUCUGGUGUGUGUGGCAGGGGUCAAUCCCCUGGUGGGAAGUACCUUGGGGAGCAGUGAACAGGUCUGGGACAAGGUCCUGAAUGUCAACGUGAAGGCCCCAGCCCUGCUGCUCGGCCAGCUGCUGCCCUACAUGGAGAAGAGAGAGGGCAGCUCGGUGGUUCUCGUCUCCUCAGUAGGGGUCUACUCGCCACAUGCCAAGCUGGGGGUCUACAACGUCAGUAAAACUGCCCUGCUGGGACUGACCAAGACUCUGGCAGCAGAACUGGCACCAAAAAACAUCCGCGUGAACUGUCUCGUGCCAGGAGUCAUUGAAACAGACUUCAGUCAAGUGGUGAGGGCCAGCAGCAUCUCCUGUCCCUGCCCCACUGCACUCUAUGGAGUACAGAGGUUGGGGCGUCCUGAGGACUGUGCCGGAAUCGUGUCUUUCCUUUGCUCUCCAGAUGCCAGCUACAUCACAGGGGAGAACAUUGUGGUAGCCGGCUAUUCCCCUCACCUCUGA